AUGCUCUCGCGACAUCCUGGCAUAGCCCGGUUACACGCACGUCUAGCUGCUCCUGGUACCACGAGUUCGAGGUGGAAUGUUGUUAGACCGCCGGUGGGCUACGCAACAAAUACGGCAAAACGAUCUAUGGCCGGUCAAGCGCAUUUGAAGGAGAAACUGCCAAGUACUGAAAAGAGCCAUGAGCGAUUUCGGGAGUUCUCACUGGCAGGGAAGGUUUUUGCGGUGACGGGUGGAGCACGAGGGCUGGGGUUGUCGAUCGCGGAGGCGUUGGUCGAAGCUGGUGGACGAGUCUACUGCCUGGACAGACUACCUGAACCAGACGAGGAAUUCCGCGCUGCUGAAGCACGCGCAAACCCGGACUUCGGGGGCUCACGACACUACCGUCGCAUGGACGUGACGGACGACGCAAACACUGAAGCUGUCAUCGCCGAUAUUGGAGCAGAGAACAACCGCCUCGACGGGCUGAUUGCAGCCGCAGGUAUAAACCACGUUGCUCGCGCCAUCGACCACCUACCCAAGAAGGUUGACGAUGUCAUCCACAUCAACUACACGGGCGUCUUUCGCAGUGCCGUUGCAGCCGCGAAAGUCAUGCUAGACCGGAAAUGCCACGGCUCGAUUCUCCUCGUGGCGAGUAUGAGCGGCAUCGUCGCGAACAAGGGGAUGGCGUCUGCUAUCUAUAAUUCGUCGAAGGCCGCAGUGAUCCAAUUGACGCGAAGUCUGGCCAUGGAGUGGUCUGAAGCCAAAGCAGAUGGCACAGGCGGGAUCCGCGUAAACUGUCUUUGUCCCGGACAUAUUGAGACGCCGAUGGCGAAAAUGGUUAUGGAUAAGAAUCCAGAUACGCGCGCUCUUUGGGAGUCUGAAAAUAUGAUGAAGAGGUUAGCGAGGCCGGAGGAGUUUAGGGGGAUCACUUUGUUGCUCAUGAGUGAUGCUUCGAGCUUCAUGACUGGCAGCACUGUGGUUGUUGACGGUGGCCAUACAGCUUGGUAG